AGUCUCCAGGAUCCAUCUGUCCGUCUAUGAAGAGUGACUGGUCCAAAGAUCAACCUCCAUUAUUCAGUAAAGAACCUGGACCCUCAGACACAAAAGGGAGGAAGAGGAGAGGAGUUUGUGUGGAGGAGCAGCCGUCCUGCUGUCCUUUGUGUCAGGACAUCCUGAAGGAUCCAGUCUCUAGCAGCUGUGGACACUGGUUCUGCAGACGCUGCAUGAGCUCAUACUGGGAUCAGUCUGCUCCACCAGGACCGUCCUCCUGUCCCCAGUGUGGAAAAAGAUCCAGAACCAGAGCUGGACUGCAGACAGCCAGUCAGAGCAGAACUGUACGAGCAGAUGCUGGUCUGCAGGAGGUCCUAGAUGAACACAAGACCAGUCUGAGGAGCAGAUGUGAACAUGUGACUGAAGGAACUGAUGAACCAGGAAGUAGAACCCCCCUCAACAGGAUCUACACGGAGCUCUUCAUCACAGAGGGACUGAGUGAAGAGGUUGAUACCCAACAUGAGGUGAGGCAGCUGGAGACAGCUUCCAGGAUGAAGAGCCUCCAUGACGAUCCAAUCAGGUGCCAGGACAUCUUUAAAGCCUUACCUGACCAACGUGGAGCCAUCAGAGUGGUUCUGACCAACGGCGUCGCUGGCGCUGGGAAAACCUUCUCGGUUCAGAAGUUCUCUCUGGACUGGGCCGAGGGCUGGGAGAACCAAGACGUCACCGUGGUGAUUCUGCUCUCAUUCAGGGAGCUGAACCUGAUCAGAGAUGAGCAGCUCAGUCUUCUCAGGCUGAUCCAGGUUUUCCAUCCAUCGUUACAGAAGCUCACAGCAGAGCAGCUGGCUGCCGGGAAACCGUUGUUCAUCUUUGACGGCCUGGAUGAAAGCAGACGUUCCCUGGACUUCAACAACGGUCCGGUCAUGUCUGACGUCACACAGAGCUCAUCGGUCAACGUGCUGCUGACCAACCUCAUCCAGGGGAACCUGCUUCCCUCAGCUCUCAUCUGGAUCACUUCCAGACCUGCAGCAGCCAAUCAGAUCCCUCAGAAACACGUGGACAGGGUGACAGAAGUACGAGGCUUCUCCGACGGCCAGAAGGAGGAAUACUUCAGGAGGAGGUUCAGGGAUGAAGAGCGGUCCAGCAGCAUCGUCUCCCACAUGAAGACAUCCAGAACCCUCCACAUCAUGUGUCAACUCCCGGUCUUCUGCUGGAUCACUGCUACAGUUCUGGACCACAUGUUGACCACAGAGCAGAGAGGAGAGCUGCCCAAGACCCUGACUGACAUGUUCUCCCACUUCCUGCUGGUCCAGACCAAGAGGAAGAAGAACAAGUACCAGGAGGGACAUGAGACGAGUCCACAGGAGCUGACGGAGGCUGACAGGGACCUUCUUCUGAAGCUGGGGAGGCUGGCGUUUGAACAUCUGGAGAAAGGAAACAUCAUGUUCUACCAAGAAGACCUGGAGCAGUGUGGUCUUGAUGUCCCAGAGGCCUCGGUGUACUCAGGGGUUUGUACCCAGAUCUUCAGGAGAGAGUGUGAGAUCUUCCAGAAACCCGUCUACUGCUUUGUUCAUCUGAGCAUCCAGGAGUUCCUGGCUGCAGUCUACGUGUUCCACUGUUGGUCCACCAGGAACACAGAUGGGCUGGAGAACUUCCUGGGAGAAGACUACAGCUACUCAUCCCUGGAUGACUUCCUGAAGAGAGUCAUGCAGAAAUCCCUGGAGAGUAAAAAUGGCCACCUGGACCUGUUUGUCCGCUUCCUUCAUGGUCUUUCUGUGGAGUCCAAGCAGAGACUGUUAGGAGGUCUGCUGAACCAGACGGAGAACGAUCCAGAAACCAUCCAGACAGUCAUCAACAACCUGAAGGAGAUGGACACUCACAGAAUCUCUCCUGACAGAAGCAUCAACAUCUUCCAGUGUCUGAUGGAGAUGAACGACCUCUCAGUUCAUCAGCAGAUCCAAGAGUUCCUGAAGUCAGAGAACAGAUCAGAGCAGGAACUCUCUGAGAUCCAGUGUUCAGCUCUGGCCUACAUGCUGCAGAUGUCGGAGGAGGUUCUGGAUGAGUUGGACCUGAACAAGUACAAGACAACACGGAGGGGUGGAUGGAGACUGAUUCCAGCUGUGAGGAACUGCAGAAAAGCUCGGUGA